CGCGUGCGGGUCGCGGUGCGUACUCCGUUCUCCUUCCUGAGUCGCCCGCGCUGCUGGUCGCGGUUCCGUGAACCGCGGGCGGCCCCGGGCUCCCUCCUCGGCCAUGGCCCCCGCGCCCAGGUUCUUGCUGUCGCCGCCGACUUUGCUGCUGCUGCUGCUGCUGCUGAGCCUGGCACUGCUAGGCGCCCGCGCCGAGUCCGCCGCCGGGAGCGCUGUCCCCGCGCAGAGCCGUCCGUGUGUGGACUGCCACGCGUUUGAAUUCAUGCAGCGCGCCCUUCAGGACCUACGGAAAACGGCCUACAGCCUGGACGCGCGGACGGAGACCCUUCUGCUGCAGGCUGAGCGCCGGGCUCUGUGUGCCUGCUGGCCGGCUGGACGCUGAAGAUCCUUGGCCAGUGAUGUUCCCUGUUAAUAAAUGCCUGCUAGCA